AGCAAGGGUUUUUAACAUAGUUUCAGAGCAUUAAGCAAUGGCAAUACAUGUUUCAGAAGAUAUUAUUCUAGAGGAAAUACUUUCCAGAUUGCCCGUAAAAUCUAUCUUACGGUUCAGAUCUGUUUGUAGGGCCUGGCUCAAAAAGAUAGACAGCCCCGAGUUUGUCCAACAGCAGCUCUGUUGUUCCGCCUCUCUCAGCUGCCGCAAUGGCACCGGUCCUCUUCUGUUCGAACGUAGAAAUUUUGAAAUCCAAAAUUUCACUCUUCCUCUUCUACGCUGUGACACCCUACUAGUGGAAAAAGAAGUGAAAAUUCCCCUCGGUUUAGCGGUCCGCACCCCCUUUAAUCGCAUUUCGGUAAUUGGUUCCUGCAACGGAUUGGUUGCUAUAAGUGUAAUCCCGUUAAAGCUUAGUGAUAUGGAUUGGCUUGUCAUAUGGAAUCCUGCAACUAAGCAUUAUAGCGAACUUCCCAAACCGAGUAUCUCCACGAGAGAGCUCCUUUACUAUGGAUUUGUCUAUUUAUCAUCUGAGAAUGAUUAUAAGAUAAUUCGACUAGUCUCCCCGGGUCUUUGGGGUGUGUUGGAGGGAGAUAUAUCCAUAAAGAUGGAGGUAUAUUCAAUGAAGCUAGAUUCUUGGCGAAAACUUGAUACAAAAGUAGCAAUGGUUCAUAUAGGUUACGGUAUGAGGCAUGAUAUUUGCAUUGGCCAGUUAAUACAAUCCCCUGGUGUCAAUGUAAACGGAGUUUUGCAUUGGAUAUUUUUCGGAACAGUUUCGAUACUUUCAUUUGAUAUGGUUAAUGAGGUAUUCAAUGUGAUUCAAAUACCAAAUGCUUUUUCGCUUCCAUUUGUGAACAAAAACAAACUUGGUGGUGCACAAGUGAGGAUCUUGGAGCUUAAUGGAUUCCUUGCAAUAGCAUCAGCAAUUUCAUCAACCUCAACCGUUACAACAGCAGCAUUGAUUGACAUAUGGGUUAUGAGGGAGUUUGGGAAUUUUGAAUCAUGGUCCAAAUAUAUGUCUUUUGAGGUGCCAGAGGAAAUCUGCAGCCAUUCAUUUAAUUUGGGUAGUUGGAUAAAGGGUCAAGUUAUUCUCUUUGGGUGUAAAGAUAAUGUGAUGCUGUUUGAACCUUCGAGCAGCACCAAGAGUAUUAAGUAUGUUGAGUGUCGUUCUAUCCGGUACAUAAAAGGAGGCUGUAACUACUACGAGACAUUGAUUCCAGUUGGAAGGAGGUUUUAAGUAUGUGCAAUUCCAUUAUGUUUUAUUUUUUUCAUUUAUAGUUUCACCUUUAGUCUUUUAGGUUUAAGUUAUUUUAGUUGUGAUAAUAUUUAUGCAUUUUUCUAUGAGUUAGAAUAGAUUUGAACUUUCCAGUGGAUGUCAUUGAUUGAUACUUCUAUAAUUUUCUUCUUCAUUUUACA